CCACCCAAUCAAACAAUAGAAGACUACUACGCAACGCUCUACGGCCAGCUUCAAAACGCAUCCGAAGGAGUGGAGACUAACAUUGCAAAUGGAUUCUUUUUGAACAAAAAAUACGCCAUCAAAAAGGACUAUGAAGAUAAAAUAAAGAAAAAAUUCGGUGCUAAAGUGCAGGCGCUGGACUUCAACAAGGCGUACGGUGCUGUCGAGGCUAUCAACGGUUUCGUGGACAAAAAUACAAAUGGCAAAAUUCAUGAAAUGGUUACCACAAACUCUAUCAAAGGUAUGCUUUGUCUACUGAUGACCUGGUACCGUGCUAUAAGGAAACGUGCAGAGGUUGAGCCAAAGAUAGAGUUCAUGAAUGUGUUCCGCGAAUAUCGGCUCUACGUAGAAGAUGCCGAGCUGCAGGUGCUGUCGCUGCGGUAUGUCGAUAGAUCCUACGCGCUCAACAUCUUCCUUCCUAAAACAAGGUUUGGCCUCAGUGAAAUCCAAUGGAAGCUCACUGGAGAUCGAAUCGAGAAGCUACUGUCAGAACUGGAUCAAGCCUAUGUAUCGGUAUGCAGCGCUCCUAGGUUGUGUGUUUUUCA